AUGAGCGAUUUGAAAACGCCAUUCCAGCUCUUGGAACUCAACGUGAUCUCGGCACAAGAUUUGGAGCCGAUAUGUCGCCGUCGCAAGAUGCGAACCUACGCGGUGGCUUGGGUCCAUUCGGAGCGAAAACUCUCCACCCGAAUCGACAACCGAGGUCACGUCAACCCGACGUGGAACGACAAGUUUAUUUUCAAGGUGGACGAAGAGUUCCUUUACCGCGAAACAUCUGCGAUCAUGAUCGAGAUCUACGCCGUCCAUUGGUUCCGUGACGUCCACGUGGGAACCGUUCGAGCCAUCGUCGGAAAUCUCAUUCCUCUCAUCACUUCCAGGCCGAAUAGGCGCGACGAAGUUCAAUUAGGGACUACGUUCGUCGCGCUUCAGGUUUGGAGGCCAUCGGGACGGCCGCAAGGGAUAUUGAACAUCGGGGUGACGUUAAUCGAUAGCUCGAAGAGGAGCAUGCCAUUGUAUCUUCAAAUGGGGUCAUCGGCGAUUGGGUACAAGCAUUUAAUGGGCGAAGAAGAGUACCCGGUUUCCACCGCUUCGAAAAGCAACGACGAUGAAAACCCAAGUCCUUUGCCUAAACCGAAGCUCCGACGAACCAAGAGCGAUUCGAGUUCAGUUUUCCCUUGCGAUUUGCAGCCUAAGAUACCCGGUGGCGGCGGCGGUUCCAUGGUUAACGGGUUUGAACCCAUAAAGAAGGGAGGCUCCAUGGUUGACGGCUUUGAACCCGUAAAGAGGGGAGGCUCCAUGGUAAAUUACUCCGUCGGGAAUGUUAAUCCGGGGAAGGGUAAAUCGGGUUCUGUUGUUAACGGAUCAUCGGAGGAGGUUAAUCAAAAGGGAAGUUCCAUGGUAAAUUUCCCGGUUUCAAAGAUUACUUAUAAAAGGGUAGCAUCCAGGGGGAGCUCAAUGGUAAAUUACACCGUCAGGAAACUUAAUCGAAGAAAGGGAAAAUCAGGUUCAGUUGUUGACGGGGUGGAGGAUCCGGAAAGAAAAUCAAGAAAGGGAAACUCAAAUUCAAGUUCGGUUGUUAACGGGUCGGAGGAUCCGGAAAAAGGAGGGAGAAAGGGAAAAUCAAGAUCGGGUUUGAAAACACCGCAAAGAAAGUCACCGAGCGGUUCAUACGUCGGGGCUCCAAGAAAAGCGGGUGGGGAGAAAGCUUGGACCGAUUCAGAAAUAGGUCCGUCGCCGUCGGAAGUGGCGGCGAAUAUGGCGAAAAACAUGCAGCAUAACAGAUUCGAUGACUGCGAGAGUUCCAUAUUAGGGUGGAGUAUAGAAGACGACGACAGCAUCGAAGGGCUUCGAUCCAAGCUGGAACGGUGGAAAAAUGAACUAACGCCGGAUCGCGACUGGAGCAGCGACGGUUCUAGUACCUGGUCGGGGUCUAGCAUUCCGUCCUCCGAACGGAGAAGACAUGCUAGAAGACACUCCGACGGUGGCGGAUCGUUUGCAUGCUUUGGUAACAUUUGUGGGUGCCAGAUUUACAUUACUUGCGGCGGAGGCGGUGAGGAACCCACCGGUAAUAGAAGGCAUCGAGCACCCGAUAGCUCCAUUGCAGAUGACAUGAGUUACCUUUGA